UUCAGUACGUAUUCGUUUCCGUAUUUUAGCAAUACAAAAUUUAUUGUAAGAUAUCCGGUAUUGCGCAAUAUAUUGAAAUCAUGUGAAGGACAGCUUAAGAGUUCUAAGGAAAGAUGGCAGAGGUUGUAGACGACAAACAUUCUGGAAGCACAGUACAGAACAUGUUAAAAGCAUGGGAAGAAGGAUUGUACUGUGAUGUUACCUUAAAAUGUGGAACAAAACAAAUCACAGCACAUAAAAUAGUUCUGGCGUCAUUAUCCGACUAUUUCAAAAAUCUUUUCAAAUAUCAUAACAUUCAAAGUGACAAUCAUAUUGAAGAGUAUGAGCUAGAUCCUAGUAUUUUCAAAGAGGACACUCUUUAUCAAAUUAUCCGAUAUGGUUACACUGGUAGAAUUAAAAUAGAAGUUGGAUUUGUUCAAGAAUUACUAAUGGCAGCAGGUUUUCUCCAAAUUAGAUUUGUUCUGACCGAAUGUGAAAAGUUCAUGACACAUAAUAUCGAAAUCGAUAAUGUGAUUGCUCUAGUUUCUUUCAGUAAUCUGUUCAAUUUGAAACGUCUUUUGGACGCAGUAUGCAGUUGUAUUUCCAAAAAUUUUAAAGACCUUAUUAAUAGUGGAGCAUUUUUGAAAUUAUCGACAGACGACUUUAAAACAGUGCUACAGACUGAUUAUUUGACUGUUUUUGAUCAUGAUGUUCCUGUAGAAAAUCCUGAACUAGAUAUUUUGAAACUAGUUGGUGUGUACCUUAGUAUUGCGAGUGUAAGUCACAAGGAUUUCAAAGCAGCUACCGUACUCGAAUUGCUUGGGGAAAUCCGUUUCAGUGAUAUAAACAACCCCGAAGAUUUGAAAUCAGUUGUCGAUCUUUAUCCGAUUCUGAAUUGUGAUUUACUUCAGAAUGCCAUUAAUGCUGAAUCAAACAUGAAAUCAGAACUAUUAGAUCGCAAGUUUGCAAACCGUCGUAAAACGCUCCAAACUGGAAGAAAAGGUUUUGCUUGUGGUGGUCAAGAGCAUCAUGUUCUUGAAAAGUUUGCUGAAGCUUGGGAAGAUGGCAAGGAUAUAAAUGACAGACCAAUAAACUUCAAGCUGUGGAUAAGAAGGUGGGAUGAUCGGCCAGUUUUAGGUGGAAUUUCUAUACAGUAUCGAAGUGGGAAACUUGUAAUUCACGGCGAAAAACCAAAGUCUGAAUCAAUAUUUGUGUCAGAACAUGAAUUUUCACUGGAAGAAAAUGAAGUAAUUACAAAAAUAAACGUUCGUAGUGGGUGGAUGAUUGACAGUUUAAAAUUUUUCACCAAUUUUGGACGAGAGUUAGGUCCAUUUGGGGGCUCUGGUGGAUCAGAAAUAACUGCAUCAUUGUAUGACGAUGAAGUAAGUUAUUUACAUUCCUUCGAUGGCAAGGUCGUCAUGGCCCAGGGAUAUCUUGGAAUUACGUGUUUAAAAUUUGUAUGGGUGAGUUACCGUGAAAAUCAGUGUAAUGAAAUUACCACAGACAGUGAUAGCGAAGAAGAUUAUGACAGUUUUGAAUCAAGUUAUGAUGGAUCAUGGAGUGAUUAAAUUGACAAAGAGCAGUGUAUACAAAAAUAUGAUUCCUUAGGGAAAAGGGGACACAGUUUAUGUCUCCCAUCGAAGUUCGGAACUCAGAAUCCUAGAAAAUAAAAGAAUAGAAAAUUA